CUGUAAGCAGCAGGAGAGGCAGAUGGGAGCUCUAAGAGAAGAACUGAGGAAGACUUCCUUGGGCCUGGAAGCCUUUAUUAUCACCACUCAGCAUUACUGCCUCAAGAAUAAAACAACAAAGGAAAAUCAACAGAAAUUGUCGCUGGAAAUACAAAAUAUCACAGAGGAAAUGGCGUUCAAUGCAGCGCAAUGGGAGAGGCUCCAUCGGGAGAAGACGGCGCUGGAGGAGGCGUUCGAGCGAGAGCUGCAGGAGCUGCAGCAGCAGCAGGAGGCGGAGCUGGCUGCUGUGGAGGAUGUGCUCAGGAAGUGUCACUCGGCGGAGGCAGAACACCUGAAGGAGGAGCAUCGGUCAGAGAUGGAGGAGCUGAGGACUCAGCAGCAGGAACAGAUGGAGGAGAUGACGGUCUACCACCGGGCAGCCAUUCAGGAGCUUCGAGACAUGCAUAACAUUACCAUGGCAACACUGCACGAGGAGCACGCCCGUACAAUGAGAGACUUAAGGAAAGCUCACGAGCAACAGAAGAUGCUCCUGGAGGAAGAUUUUGAUAAACUCAGGCUUUCUCUGCAGGAUCAAGUGGAUACCCUCACAUUUCAAAACCAGAGUCUGAGGGACAAAGCCAAACGAUUUGAGGAAGCUUUGAGGAGGAGCACAGACGAACAGAUCGUUGACGCUUUGGCUCCGUACCAGCACAUUGAACAAGAUCUGAAGAGCUUGAAGGAAGUUGUGGAAAUGAAGAACCAGCAGAUUCACCAGCAAGAGAAGAAGAUCUCGGAUCUGGAGAAAGUGGCCCAUAAGAACGUGUUCCUCGAGGAGAAGGUCCAGGUUCUGCAGCAGCAGAAUGAAGAUCUGAGGGCUCGUAUUGACAAUAACCUCGUCCUGUCCAGGCAACUGUCUGAGGAGAACGCCAACCUCCACGAUUCAGUCGAGAAGGAGAGCACCGAGAAGAAGCGCCUGAGUCGGAACAACGACGAGCUCCUGUGGCGCCUCCAGACCAGCCCCCUCAUAUCGCCCGCCUCCUCCCCGCUGCACCGCUCCUUCUCCACCUCCCCCGCCCCCUCCUCUCCAUUCUUCUCCUCCUCGCCUGUCGCGGGGUGGGAGUCCUCCCCCACCCACUACCACGGCAGUCCCCAGCAGGCUCAAUACGGCUCCCCGGCCCACGGAGCCACCGCCACCAAUCAGAACCUCUCCCCCGGACCGACCACGCCCACACACAGAGAAACGAGCAAUCAGAAUUACUCCCCCGGCCCGGCCACGCCCACACACAGAGCGACAGCCAAUCGCUGCAGCUCGGCCAAUUGUCUCAGCUCAUUGCAGAGAUAAGCUUCACGUCGCUUGCUCUCUCUCUCUUUAAUUUUAUUAUCUGGCACAUACUUGUUGCUUUAUUUCCAUAAUUCUCCAUUUUUUUGAACGUGAAUGCCCUGGAAAUAUAUGUUGGAGAAAAACAGCUAAAUAGUGUUAUGGGAAAUGGAUGCAGAUGAAUGCAGUUGAGUUCCCUGUUCCCCAAAACCCAACUUGUACAACGCAGACUGUACAUACUGUAUGAUAGUGACACAGAUAGUGUGGACGUGUAGUGAAAGCUCCUGCAUGAGGAGUCAUGAGCCCCGCACAGACAGUUCAGGAGAGAUGGAAAGUAGCACACAACACAACGUUCAUGUCCUCGAUAGAAUAAGCUAUAUACUCUCUCACUUUCUCUUAAUCAAUUAUUAUUUAUUUAUUUCUAUCUAAGAAAAAAAAAGCCCAACAAAGCGCCUUAUACUAGUCCUGCUGUCUCACCAGCAGAGAACAAACAACAGUAUAUUUUGUGAAGGACUUUUUUCAGUCACUCCGAGGUGCAUUCGACAUUUUGAAAAUCAGUUCGACGACGAUAGUUUGAGCCCAGAGCCGUUUGACUUCAUGUUCAAACCUUUUGCCAGCAUCUCAACACACGAUGAGCUAUACUCUUCACUUUUGGAAUCCCUCAGGUCAACUAUGUCUGCCAUUUUGAAUUUACCUCAGCGGGAAUGUGCAGUGUGUUGUUUUCUGUGGCUCAACACACCGCUAGCAGGGAGCUCCAAGCUAACGGGGAGCUCCAAGCAACAGGGAGCUCCUAGCUAACGGAGAGCUCCAAGCAACAGGGAGCUCCUAGCUAACGGGGAGCUCCAAGCUAACAGGGAAACCGUACACAGGAAUUGCUCUUUUUAGAAAAGCUCUUCUUAUUGUGAAAUAUUUUUAUUUAUUAAUGUGAUGUUUCUAUUUAUUUUUAAUUUGUAUUUUUGCUAUUUAAGCAAGUAUAAAUACUGUAAAAGUCUUCCAGUCUUAAAGUAAAACAUGUUAUUAUUGCUGUGGUCUGUCUAUUGAUCAAGUUUGAGUGUGUGGAGGAAACGAAUCGUGGAAUAUGUGACGUACAACGCGAGAGAGGAGGUAGACUAACUUGUUGUAAUCACACUUACAUACUGUAGAUAUUGCUUGGGCGACUGUGCUAGGAACUGGUAUAUAAGCUACGUAAGUUAAACAAAAUACAGGUUAACUCUCGGUUUGCCUCUUUCUGAACCUUUGUAAACCUCUUUAUAACCUCUUCUGAUGCCUCCGGUUUCUUUAUCUGAUCUACACUUUUAUCCUUCGAAUAAUGUUUAAAACGUCUGCGAGCUCAACUCAAUUCUCAGUGUGCACAAAUAUAUAUAUCGUUCAGGGAAUUCUUUUCUAAAUUUAGACUAGAAAUACUUAUUUUCCUUUUGUAUAGCUUCUCUACAGAAAGGUUACACACUCAAGAUAUGUCCCGAGAUAAUUGUCUUCUUAUAUGUAGAUAUAGAGAAACCAACCUUGGGUAUAUAUAAAUGCAAAAUAUUUUAUAGCAUUAUGGUUUGCUUCCUUAAUCUUCAGACAUGUCUCUGUUAAGUUACAGAGUCAGUAAAUAUAAUGUUUCACCAGCAUGUAAAGAAUUACGUUUUUUGGGUUGCUGGUUUUUCCAGGACAGUAAUACACUUUUAAGUCGAUCUUAAAUUGCCAUACCAGCACUUUUGAUGCACCGUGAUAAAGUAAAAAUCUUGUCAUGGAUCCUCAAGAUUUUUUUUUGUAGGACAUGUACACAGGGUUAUUAUGCUCUUAAACGAAAGAAUGUUAAAUACAGCAUAGGAUUUGAGAAAUGUAUCUUGAUUCUCGGUUAUUUUAUACCUACGCUAAUGAUUUUUUGAGAAUGUCUUUGCAUAACGAUCAAUUGUGAGAAUAUAAUAGUCAGAGAGUCACUGUGUUUUUGGAUGUUUUUCUUUUUUGAAGGGUUGCAGUUCACCUGCUGUGCGUCCUAAAAGUCACUUCAGGUGCAAAGAAAAGCGAGUCGACAAGGAUGCAACAAAAAGUAUUGUUUAUAAAUGACACAGAAUUCAUCUUAAGAUUAAUAUUUCCCUUUUGAAUGGACUAUGGUUUCUGAAACAAUGAACUGGCAAUGGCCCUUCAAUGUGUCCUGUGGACAUUUGUGUCUCACUAUGCGCUGAAUGUCAAAAAGUUAUUAAUGACUGCAUUUUAUCACAGUCGUUCAUGUGAUUUUGUCAGAUAUAUAAGGACCUCUUGUCUGACCGCCAUGUAGCAGCCAUUUAAUAUGUAGCACUUGGUUGAGCCUCCCCAUACGAAACAUGGGUAAUGUAUCUCAUCCAUUUCGGGGUUGAAACACCAACAUUCACAUUUAAAUGCUGUUGUGGGGGAUUUUUCCAGCAUCAGAAUUUGAAUUUGUGCAGGGAAGCGAUACGAUUACCCCCCUUGUGGAUUUGGUUAUUGAUAAAUAAGUUUCUUCUGGCACUGAUUGUAGGUUUGAAUGUAAAUACAUGUACAACAUGGGUUGUGUCUUAGUGCAUCAACAAAGUAAUAGAAGCAUGUUUUUUCCUGUCUUUUGCUGUUUCUCGCUCUCCCUUCCUCUUCUUUUUACCUCUGCAUUUGCGAUGGUCGACUUGUAACCGUAUAGCGUGUCGGAGGCCUCGACUCUAGAGGACGAGGAACGAGAUAGUUCAGCACGUAACGUAUUACAAAGUAUGUUGAUGAUUUCAUUUGUACCUUUUUGGGGGGGAGAACACAGUAUUAAAAAAAUAUAGAAGGAAAAGUCGUGAGAUGUCCGU